AUGGCCGAGCAGCAAGACCACUCCAUCUACGACGAAUCUUGUGAAUGCGAACCUGUAAGCAAAGAGCCGUGUGUGCAUGGGUUUCAUCCAAUCAGCGUCACGUUGGCACAGACUGGGGCGUAUGACUUCAGCCUUCUUAGGCCGUUUUUCAACGAGGAGAUAGAGCGCAUCAAUAAGAUGAUCAUUAACGUCCAAAGAUACGGGGAGCUUCAGAAGCCGGAGUCUGAGCCGCAAGAAGAGACUUUCUUAACGGUGGUGUAUCCAUUCAUUGGCCGACCAACUCCUGACCCUGAGAGACUUCGGAAAGAGUACAAUGAGGUGGCAAAAUCAUUCUGGAAGGACUUCAUGUCAGGAGACUCGGAAAUGGGUCGUACGUACAAUGCAUACAGAAAGGAGUAUCUGAGGAAACAUGGGCCACGUGGUGUUUUUGUGGAAUUGAAAACCCUGUAUCCGGAAUCUGUUGGAGAGAUCAUGAGGGAUAGACGACGCUAUACCGACAUCUUCAGCUUGUGCUGGUCGUUGAGGUCGGGCAUGUACAUGUUCAAGGAUGCGGUGAAGCAACGUGUUGGCCCGCGUCCAGUUGGCUCGAGAGAAGUUGAGGAUAACGAAAUCUGA